AUGAAAACCAAGUUAUCCGGAGGAAAUAACGGCAGCAGGAAAGCCCGGCACAAAGAAGCAGACAUCGAGGUGAACGACCCGCUGCUGCGGUUCUUCGAGCACUGUGAGAAGUUCGUGGCACUCGUGGAGGAGAAUGACACGGCCAUGCACCAGGUGGACACCUUCAAGGAGGGGCCCGAGAUGCAGCGUGUUCUGGAGCGUGUCGCGGGCGCCUUGUGUCUGCCGCCAGAUGAGCUGAACGCAGAUCUCGUUCAAGUGGCUUUUCUCACCUGCUCCUACGAGUUGGCAAUAAAAAAUGUGACCUCCCCGUGGUGUUCACUCUUCAGUGAAGAGGAUGCCAAGGUACUUGAAUAUCUGAAUGACCUGAAGCAGUACUGGAAAAGAGGAUACGGCUACGACAUCAAUAGUCGCUCCAGCUGCAGUUUAUUCCAGGAUAUCUUCCAGCAGUUGGACAAAGCGAUGGAAGAGAGCAAAAGCUCCAAGCCCAUUUCUUCCCCCGUGAUCGUACAGAUCGGCCACGCCGAGACCCUCCAGCCCCUGCUCUCCCUCAUGGGCUUCUUCAAAGACGAGGAGCCUCUGAGGGCGAACAACUACGCGCGGCAGGCGCAGCGCCGCUUCCGCAGCGGGCGCAUCGUGCCCUACGCGGCCAACCUGCUCUUCGUGCUGUACCACUGCGAGCGCGCCACGGCCCCGCGGGACGAGUACCAGCUGCAGCUGCUGCUCAAACAGCAACCGCAAAAAUUCCUGCACGGCGGCCGCUCGCCUCCCGACCCACCGGUGCUGGACGUGCGGGAUACAACAGCCAGAGACGCCAAUGCGGUGGGGCGCACUGCGGGGCGGCCGGGAAGCGUCCGGAUCCUGGUGGAUCCUCUCGCUUGGAUCGUGACCGGGGACCGUGAGCGCCCACUGGCUGCACAGGGGCUGGAGGAGCUGCAGGAGGAGCCUCCCGUCUCUAACAGGGACAUUGCUAAGGACACGGGAAUAACCCUGGGGGUUAAUACCCCACUGGAGAUCCCUGCGGGAAGAGACGCCGCCGUGGCCGACAGCGGGGUAGAUCCCGGCAGAUUUGUGCUUUAG